AUGACAUUCGCCCUUGGACAUUAUCCACCUUCACGACCACGAACCCCUUCUCCACCCAAAUAUCUCCCCGCUCGAUUACCUGCUACCUCCCAUUCUGACGAAUACAGGUCAUCUAUCGGUGGGAUCAGCAACAUGACAACCAGCCCUUACGCCAACAGUACCCCCAUGUCCCAGCUUGCCUGGCAAGCAUCUCUCAAUACAACCUUCGCCGAAUUGACUGAAGAUGACCAUUUCUUGAGAAAGACAUCCAUCAUCGCUACUAUCGGUCCUAAAGUCAACAAUGUAGACAUGCUCGUCAAACUCGCUGAAGCCGGCAUGAACAUUGUCCGAAUGAACUUCUCCCACGGUUCAUAUGAAUACCAUCAAUCUGUCGUUGACAAUGCACGAGCCGCCGCCGCGAAGAGUCCCAGCGGUCGACCUUUAGCUAUCGCCCUUGACACCAAAGGUCCCGAGAUCAGAACUGGUCUGAUGAAGGAUGAUGCUGAUAUUCCCAUCAACGCCGGUCACGAAUUCUGGGUCACCACCGAUAAGUCAUUCGCUGAAUCUGGUACCGCUGAGCAGAUCUUCAUGGACUAUAGCAACCUCCCUAAAGUCACCGCUCCUGGCAAGCUCAUUUACGUCGAUGAUGGUAUUCUCUCCCUCCAAGUCGUUUCCAUCGAGGGUGACAAGAUCCGAGUCAAAUCACUCAACUCUGGUACCCUCUCCUCUCGAAAGGGUGUCAACCUUCCUAAAACCGCUGUUGACUUGCCCCCUCUUUCCGACAAGGACAAGGCAGACUUGGCCUUUGGUGUCAAAAACGGUGUUGACAUGAUCUUUGCUUCAUUUAUCCGAUCUGCCAACGACGUCAAGGAGAUCAGAAAGGUUCUCGGUACCGAAGGUGCCAGCAUCAAGAUCAUUGUCAAGAUCGAGAACGAGCAAGGUGUCCAAAACUUUGAUGAAAUCUUGAAGGAGACUGAUGGUGUCAUGGUUGCUCGAGGUGACUUGGGUAUCGAAAUCCCAGCAAGUCAAGUCUUCAUGGCGCAAAAGAUGAUGAUUGCCAAAUGUAACGUUGCUGGUAAACCCGUCAUCUGUGCUACUCAAAUGUUGGAGUCCAUGACUUACAACCCUCGACCAACCCGAGCUGAAGUUUCCGAUGUCGCCAACGCUGUCAUGGACGGUGCUGACUGUGUCAUGCUUUCCGGUGAGACCGCCAAGGGUAAAUACCCCAUCGAGGCUGUCAAAAUGAUGGCCGAGACCGCUUAUCUCGCCGAGAAAUCCAUCGCCUAUCCUCACUUAUUCGACCAACUCCGAGCUCUUACCCCUCGACCCACCGAGACCGCCGAGACUCUUGCUUUGUCCGCUGUUGCCGCUGCCAUUGAGCAAGACGCGGGUGCUAUCAUCGUCCUCUCCACCAGUGGUGUUUCUGCCAGACUUCUCUCCAAGUACCGACCUUCAUGCCCUAUCAUCUGUGUCACUCGAAACCAACAAACCGCUCGACAAGCCCAUUUGUCCAGAGGUGUAUACCCCGUAUGGUACCCAGAACCCAGAGGUGUCCCUUCUGAGAAAUGGCAAAUCGACGUUGACAACCGAAUCAGAUAUGGUCUCCGAGCUGCUCUCCAACUCGGUAUCGUUAAGCCCGAAGCCACUGUUAUGGCUGUACAAGGAUGGAAGGGUGGUUUGGGUCACACCAACACCCUCAGAAUUCUCAGUGUCCCCGCCGAUCCCGCAGAUCUCGACCUCCACUCCAUCGACCGAGAGUAA